AUGCCUGUUUUCCUCAAAAUGAGUAUUGGUAUCACCUUCAUAAGACCUUUUGCCAGAGUUCUGGUGCCAUUUACCCUUAAUAAGAAGAGAAGGGUUUUAUAUUCAACGAUUCUGAACAGAUACAUGUCUUCCAAAAUACCAGCUGAAUCCUAUCCUAAAAAGGAAAAUACAUCACCUGAACAGCUGGAAUUGGAUGGGUGGAAAAUUACAAUGAAAUCUAGUGUGCAAGAAGGUGUUUCAACAGUCUCAAGUGCCAAGGAUGAAGAUCCUGUAGCUGCCACUAGGGAAUUAAUUGAGAUGUGGAGAUUGCUUGGCAGAGAAGUACCAGAACACAUCAGUGAAGAAGAGCUCAAAACCAUUAUGGAAUGUGAUUCUAAAUCAUCAAAAAAAAAAUAUUUAAAAUAUUUAUAUCUUAGGGAGAAAAUGAAGAAAGCUAAGCAAAUAAAAAAGGAAAUGAAAGCAGCAGCAAGGGAAAAAGCAAUACAAGACCAGCUGCUAGAAACCACUAACCAAGAUAAACAGCAAGACUUUCUAUUUCUACGACUUUGGGAUAGGAAUAUGGACAUAGCAAUGGGCUGGAAGGGUGCCCAGGCUAUGCAGUUUGGACAACCUUUGGUUUUUGACAUGGCUUAUGAUGAUUAUAUGAAACCAAAAGAACUGCAGUAUACUGUUUCUCAACUUCUAGAAAGUGAAGGAUGGAACAGAAGAGAUGUCGAUCCUUUCCAUAUUCAUUUCUGCAAUCUUAAACCAGAUAGCCCUUUUCGUAGAGAGUUAAUUAAACGUUAUGGAGAAAAAUGGAACAAAUUGCUUUUAACAGCAACAGAAAAGUCUCACGUAGAUUUAUUUCCAAAGGACAGUAUUAUAUAUUUAACUGCAGAUUCUCCCAAUGUUAUGACUACUUUCAAGCAUGACAAAAUUUAUAUAGUGGGAUCUUUUGUUGAUAAGAAUAUGCAGCCAGGCGCAUCCCUAGCCAAGGCAAAACGGCUGAAUCUGGCAACAGAAUGCUUUCCGUUAGAUAAAUAUUUACAGUGGGAUACUGGUACAAAAAAUCUCACCAUAGAUCAAGUAACACGUAUUUUGUUAUGUCUGAAAAACACUGGUAGUUGGGAAGAGGCUCUGAAGUUUGUUCCUAAGAGAAAACAUACAGGUUAUCUGGAGGUUUCUCAACAUCCUCAAGAAUUUGUCAACAGAAUAAAAAAGACUAUUAAUUCAUUUCCAAAAGGCUCUCUAAAUAAAUACACACAGAAAAAGUGACUUGAAAGAGAAGUACUUGAUAGCUUAAGAAAAAAAAGGAUUGGAAAUUGUUUGUUUCUUCCUGAAUGGAAUUCACUUGCUCUUUAAAGAGUUGUCUUUCCAAACAAGUAUUGUAUCUUUCCCCAAUUUAUUAAAUAUCUGCAAACUUUGGAAAUAUAUUUUGUUUACAUAAAAAAAAUUUAGAAAGUAAAAAGAGUUGUCCAAGUUUGUUGAGCCCAGUAAAACAGUUGUAUCAUU